CCAGUAGGUGGAGGAAUAUGCACCAAAAAGCUGGUUUACCAACCACCAUAAAACAUCAAAAGAAGAAGAAGUAAACAAACUUUUAUUUUGGCCUGGCGAGGUGAUGUCAUAAGACUGCGCCACGAUCGCGCUUCUGUGUUUCGACUGAAGAAAGGACAAAGUGUCUAGACACAGAAAAACUCCUGCUGAAGCGGCUGAGAUCCAUGUGACACACGAUUAUAAAGAUGGAGUUUAUUAAAGAGGAGAGUGAAGACAUGAAGAUUGAAGAAGCGUUCAGAGUCAAACAUGAAGAUACCGAGACACAAACAGACCUGAUGGCGCUUAAUGAGGAGAGUCAAGAACUGAAUGAAACAGACGACAAAGAUCAGAAUGAGAAACAGCAUGAUUUCAAAACUGAAGAAAAAUCAAUUAUUUGCUCACAGACUUCCUCACAAACUCAAACUUACACCUGCCAACAGUGUGGGAAGAGUUUCUCACGAAAUGGAGAUCUUAAGACUCACAUGAAAAUUCACAUUGAAAAGAAACAAUUAAUAUGCCCUCAGUGUGGAAACGGUUUUACAAAGAAAAAAUACCUCACUGUCCACAUGAGAACUCACACCAGAGAGAAGUCGUUCACCUGCCCUCAGUGUGGAAAGAGUUUUACCCAGAAAAAAUACCUCUCUGUCCACAUGAAAAUUCACACCAGAGAGAAGUCAUUCACCUGCCCUCAGUGUGGUAACAUUUUUACACAGAAAAAAUACCUUGCUGUCCACAUGAGAAUUCACACCAGAGAGGAGUCGUUCACCUGCCCUCAGUGUGGAAAGAGUUUCACGUCUAAAGGAAGACUUAAGACUCACAUGAGAGUUCACACUGGAGAGAAGCCAUUCACCUGCCCUCAGUGUGGAAACAGUUUUACACAGAAAAAAUACCUCGCUGUCCACAUGAAAAUUCACAUCGGAGAGAAGCCGUUCACCUGCCCUCAGUGUGGAAAGCGUUUCACGUGUAAAGGAAAACUUAAGAUUCACAUGAGAGUUCACACUGGAGAGAAGCCUUUCACCUGCGAACUGUGUGUUAAGAGUUUCUCAUUCAAUAACGGUCUUAAGGUUCACAUGAGAAUUCACACUGGAGAGAAGCCAUUUGUAUGUGAUCAGUGUGGAAAGAGGUUUACACAGAAAAACUGCCUUAAUAUCCACAUGAGAAUUCACACUGGAGAGAGACCUUAUACCUGCAAACUGUGCGGGAAGAGUUUCUCAUUCAAUAACGGUCUUAAGGUUCACAUGAUAAAUCACAAUGAAAAGAAGCCGUUAAUGUGCGCUCAGUGUGGAAAGAGUUUUACGCAGAAACACUGCCUUAAUGCCCACAUGAGAAUUCACACUGGAGAGAAACCUUACACUUGCCCUCAGUGUGGAAAGAGUUUCAGGCACAAAGGAAGCCUUAAGGUUCACAUUAGAAUUCACACUGGAGAGAAACCUUUCACCUGCAAGCUGUGUGGGAAGAGUUUCUCAUUUAGUAACGGUCUUAAGGUUCACAUGAGAACUCACACUGGAGAGAAGCCAUUUGUAUGUGAUCAGUGUGGAAGGAGUUUUACGGAGAACAAACUCCUUAAUGCCCACAUGAGAAUUCACACUGGAGAGAGUCCUUUUACCUGUGAACUGUGUGGGAAGGGCUUCACACAAAAAGAAAACCUUAAAAACCACAUGAAAAUUCACUAAAGACAAAACUUUUAAUUGUCAUUAGUGCGAAUAGACAGGAAUCACCUUAAGAAUCAUUCAAAUUCUCAUCUGAUGUCUCAUUUUAUGUGCCAUCACUGUGGAAGGAGUUUCACAAACAAUGCAAACAUUGAGAGUCACACUGGAGACAGACAUUGCUAGUGUCUUCAGUUUGAGAGGAGUGAUGAGGUUUAGAAAAAGGAGCAAUUUCUACAAUCAUCUGUGUAUUCUUUCUCAAAGACAAUUCAGUUGUUCUCAGUGUACUAAAUGCAUUUUUUUUUUUGCAUUCACACUUAAAGACACACAUGUAAAGUCAUGAUAUCCUGUUUGUGUUCUUUGUUAAAGCAUAUAAUAAGAAACAUUGUCUGAUUGA